UUCACUUGAACACUCUCAUGGCAGCCAGAACUCUCUCAAGCAGACAAGUCCUUUACCGUGGAAAAGUUUUAACUGUUCCGACUAAAGACACUGACCCAAGCAAACUGACUAAUUUGGACGAGCAAGACAAACUGCAGCUGGUACUGAAUGAGCUUCCCCCCAUUUCAGACAUUGUUGCUGGUGGCGACGAAGAAGACUACUUUGAAAAUGCUCAACAACAGCACGACGACGAAGACUCUGAUGGAUUUGACUUGGCUCUCCUGGUUAACAAAUAUUCCAAAAACGAAGCACUAUCUCCACUUCCAGACUCACCUAUACGGUCUGUGCACCUGGAUGCAGCCGAGCAACUAGUGACCAGAGACAUAGCUGUGGCCCACCAAACAAAAGUCAUGAAAGUCACAAAGACUAUGGACAACUAUGCUGGAACCUUUGAAAAACCAAAAGACAUCACCGAGCAAGACCUCUUCAGUCCAGGCACUCCAGAUCAAAUCUCUCAGUUUGAUGUCACAGACUCGCUCAUUCCUCAGCCUUCCCCAGUCACUCCUAGAUACAGUGCUCAGAAAACUCCAGUGAAGAGGCUGUCCAAUGGUAAACGAAAGAGACAUGUCACUUCAUCGCCAGAACCAUCUGACAGCUCGGACUCUGAUGCUACAGAGGAAGACGACGACUGUGUGUUCAUUGAUGACUCUGAAGCUAGUUUCAUCCACAAAGAAAAAAAGCCUAAGGGAAAAAACCUUUUUGCAGAAAGUCAAGCAGUGGAGGAUGACGAUUCAUUCCUGGCUGACUCUCCACUUCCACCUGAAGAGCCUGAGUUCCUCAGCAAGAAAACGUUUGACAACAGAGUGGCUGUUGAGAAGAAACACUUAGCCAAAUCCAAAAGAAGGAUUGACAACCUUUUCAAUCCCAAACCCAAAUCUAAGAAGAGGCAGAAAGAAGAUGCACUGAAAGUCAGGCCCACUUUCAGAAAACCCAAAACACUCAAUUAUAUGGGUGUGCACUACCAAGACUAUCCACCAACAACAAAGAUGCCUGGAAAAGGAAGCUCUAAGCCUAAGAAAGUACCUUCAUCUGAACCAGCAAAAAUCAAGCUACCCAAGAAGAUGCUCACUCCAGAGUUUGUUGAUGAUUCUGAUGCUGAAUCUGAUCCAGACAUGCCGCCUCUCCCUCCUGCCUUUAAAAAACCUAAAAUUGUGCCCGAGAGAAAAGACAGGAUGAAGAACAAGCCUGUGAGUAUGGAUGAUCCAGACUACCAUAUCUUCCCCCACAACACCAGUUACUACAAAACAAUUGGCAUGAGUAAGGAGAGAACUGUGUGGGACUCCAACAUGUACACAUGUGCCAUCAAGUACAUAUCUAAGGACGGAGAACUAAGCAAAGCUGACACCAUUGAAGCAUGCAGAAAAUAUGGACUCUACACUUGGACUGGAACAAUGACAUCUAACUACCAACAAAAGAUGAAGCCCAUUAAGCUUCUUGAAACUAUAUACGAAAGAAUAUAUGACAUUGACUUGACUCCCAUCAAAGACUUGAUAUCAGAAGAAGGUGCAUCUACAGACAAGUUUAUGAAGCUGGACAAAGCUAUGAAGACUAAGUCAAGAAUGGUAAUUGAUCCAAUGAACAAACUUGUGAGUGCAAUGUCCAUACUUGGAAUUGAGUAUGUCACAGAAAAGCAAGCCGCUGAAGCUAUAUGGUACUGAAGUGGCACGGACUUUGAAUGCUAUGCUGUACCGACACAAGAAUGCAGCUGAUGGUGCUGAUCCGUCCAGCCAAGGUAAUAAUUAUUAUAUACACGCAUGCAUAUACUAUUUAGAACGCCUGAGCCAAGGAGAGACUGAGUCACUUGCGUCGCUUGCAUUCUAAGACAAGAGUGACUAGCUCAGCGUACAGGAAGAGGAAUUGAGGUUGACCUCCACCAGGAUCUGUGCAGCACCAUGGCUGAAAGUUCCACUCGUGUGAAAGAGCAAGGUUCUUUUGGAAGAAUUUUUUGGGACCAAACAGGAGAAGAAUGGCAAGUUGAAGAAGAAUGCGAAGUCAAUGAGGUGGGAACGUGAAAUUGAUGUACUAUAUUCACUGCAGAUGGUGCAUUUAUAUCAGACACCUCAGCAUAUGAGCAUAUGAGGUAUUACGAACCUCAGGGGUGCCAUCACAGAGGACCCCAGUCGGGUUUUUUGACGAGCAGCUCAUGGACCUGGCCAGGAUAGUAUGUUGUAAUCAUCAUGGAUGAGAUGCAUAUCAGAGAAGAUAUCGUAUAAUAAUAAUUUAUUAUGACAAACACACAGGUAUAUAUAAAAAUUAUAUGCACUCUAAAAUUUACCACAUUGGAUUUGGACGACAUUUCGUUGUAGAACUCAUGUUUGAUGUGCCACUGUCCAACACCACUGUCCAACACCAUCAAAUGAGAACUUGAAAAAGUCCAUAUUCUCAAUGAGGACCCUUGAGAUUAGGAUGAUCAUGUUGCAUCGUAACACCUCGUCAUCCUCAGCAGCUGGUAACAAUGACAAAACGAUUUUUUCUUUGUCAUGUUGGUGGGUAAGAAUCACUUGUUCACUCAGGUUGCUGAAAUCAACUCGGUCAGACACAGGCUUGUUGAUCCCAACUCUCAUAUACCGCUGUUUAAUUCCUUUGUCGGUUAUCAAUUAUACACACUCAGUUAAAAAAUAUUAUUAUAAUUAUAUACAUUCAGUGAACUUAUAAUGAGUGAUGUUAUACCGUGGGGCAAAGUAGGAGUUGUGUUAGGAGGUGCAGAGGCUGAGGAUGGUGCAGCUGCGUGAUCGUCAUCAUCAUCAUCAUCAUCAUCAGUACAUUCUCUCCCAUCACCUGAAGACAAGCCGGUAUCAGAUCCAUCGUCCUCUUCAUCUGAUGUUAUUGGAGACAUACUCAUCCACGAGAUAUCGGAGUCUGAAUCAGAGUGUUCACAGAGCCAUCAAAAAGACUACCAUAACAUUCGAGCUCUUCAAAGAGGCCAUUCCUUGACUUAUUCUCUUCCAAUAGUGUCCAGCAAUCUGAUAACCGAAGGGUGAGAGAUCAAUUUCGCCAGCCGUUGGUACACCUGCAUGUGAAAUGUUUAUAGACAUACCUGCUUAGAGCAAUGACCAGCAGAGAAUUGAUCUUUUGCACCAACCACGCCCCUUUCUUGGGACCACACCCACCAAUUAGUGGGCACAUAAAUAAUAAUAUUAUAUUAAACGCAACAACAAAGAGACUGAGUCCUGUACUAUAUACUUAGAAUUUCCAUCAUUGCCAUUCGCCUUGGGUGCAUCCUAACAAACUGGUCAAUGGCUGCUUCAAUGUCAAUGGGAAUGUCACGGUGUAUUUGCAGAAGAUCCGCUAAAGGAUCUUUCAGCUUUCAGCUGAGCAGGAGGUGACUGGUAGAGUACAGAGGAUCUUGAUCAGAGUGGAUAUGUUUGGGUACAUAGAGCUAAUAUGUCUCAAGGUGAUUGUAGAUCAUCUUAGCUUUGAACCUGGACACGCAUUCAUCACGAUCAAAAGUAACAAUCAGAGAGGGAAUUAACGAGAGGCCCAACAAGGCUGUUGGAGAUGAUCAAGUACUGGAAUCGAUAUCGUGCGACAAAAGUAUCCUUCGGGGGUGUCUGCUGGGACAUUGUCGCGGUGGGCUUGCCUACCACAUCUCCUGGGCACUGAUGGCUCUAUGCCCACUUUUGUUAGCAUCUCGGUAAUGGUUGCACUGAUGCCAUAACAUUGUCGAUCUCUUUUACAGCUGUCACAAUUGUCACAAUAUCCUUUGCCUCGGCCUGGAGGGAUGCCGUCAAUGCUUGGAGGUACGUGAGACAAGCGUCGGUGAUCACAAGUGCACUGACGAAGUCCACAACCGAGAAAUAAAGCCGUUUAAAGACUGCUACAGCAUCGAUUCGUUGAAUCCAUCGUGUUCUGCACAUGUCCUUGAGUUUUUGUGAGGUUGACGUUGGCUGACGAUCACAAAUUGCCUUUUCAAAAGCUCUUUGGCGUUUUGGAUGAGCAGCGAAAAACUGGUACACUCUCCCUACAAUCCCUACCAUGUUACAAACACUUGUAACCUCAAGGGAUUUCACAACAGCCAGGUUCAGACAGUGAGAAGCACAAUGAAGGUAGAUGGCAAGAGGAUACUUCUUUCGUAUCAGACCGAACCAGCCAUGUUCCCAGCCCGAAGGUGUGACA